GAGGAAAAAAAAACAAAAACGUGCCGGUCUGCUGCUCUGAGACACGUGCUUUGUGCGAGACGCUCAGUUUUCAAGAGGGCGUCGUUUGCGGCGAAAAUCCUCGUCUCUUUUUCCGUCAGAGGUGGAAGCGGAGCACAUAAAAAGCCUAUAUUGAGAAACUUGUUUAUCGAAUACGGAACAUGUCGUGGGAAAAAGAAAUGAAACAUACAAGCAGAACGUGAGUUCACGUGUUUCUGCAUGUUUUCAGACAAACACAAUAUGGAGAACAAGAACCUUCCUGAUUGUGAUCAGGAUCCAGAUGACCACCUGGUUAACGUCAACGUGGGUGGUCUAAAGCACAGUUUCUCUUCUAGCACUCUACUGAGGUUUCCAAACACACGGCUAUGUCGUCUUCUGUCCUGUGACUCUGUGGAAGCCAUUUUGCAGGUUUGCGAUGACUAUGACCUUCAGGAGAAGGAAUUUUACUUUGACAGAAACCCUAAUCUCUUUCCUUAUGUCUUCCAUUUCUAUCACACUGGAAAAUUGCACAUCAUGGAGGAACUAUGCAUAUUUUCUUUCUGCCAGGAGAUUGAGUACUGGGGCAUAAACGAGUUUUUCUUGGAUAGUUGCUGCAAUUAUCUUUAUCAUGAUCGCAGGUUAGAGAACCGUCACAAGUCCUGGGAUGAGGAAAGUGAUGUAAGCAGUGUAGACACUACUGUGGAUGAGAUAUCUGACCUUAACAAGGAUAUUCAACAUUUUCAGGACAUGCGUUUUGGUAAUAUACGCAAGUGCCUGUGGUUAACCUUGGAAAACCCAGGAUAUUCCAUUCCAAGCAAGCUCUUCAGCUUGGUUUCGAUCAUUGUUGUGCUAAUGUCAAUUGCUACCAUGUGCAUCAACAGCAUCCCAGAGUACCAGAUUUUUGACGAUAGUGGUCAGCUAAUUGAGGAUCCAACCAUGCAAGCUUUGGAGAUUUUUUGCAUCUGCUGGUUCACUUUUGAAGUAGUAACACGCAUGAUCCUUGCACCAAACCGUCGGAAGUUUUUCAUUCAUCCUUUAAACAUGAUUGAUAUUGUUUCUGUGGUACCUAUCUAUAUCACACUUUUUUUUGACCUGCUUGCUGGUAGUGAAUCAGAGCUGGAAAACAUUGGAAAAAUAGUUCAGGUUUUUAGGCUCAUGAGGAUCUUCAGGGUUCUGAAAUUGGCCAGACACUCAACAGGCCUGAGAUCAUUAGGUGCUACAUUACGGCACAGUUACAGAGAGGUGGGCAUCCUUCUACUGUACCUGGCUGUAGGCGUAUCUGUCUUCUCUGGCGUGGCUUACACUGCAGAGUAUGAAGAGGAUGUCGGUUUGGACACCAUUCCUGCUUGCUGGUGGUGGGGUACAGUAAGCAUGACCACUGUUGGCUAUGGGGAUGUUGUUCCUGUCACUGUGGCAGGAAAGUUAGCAGCUUCUGGGUGUAUCUUGGGUGGCACUUUAGUAGUGGCCUUACCCAUUACCAUCAUCUUCAACAAGUUCUCGCAUUUCUACCGCAAACAGAAGGCUUUGGAGGCUUCUGUGAGAAAUAACAACAAGAAGGGACGUACACAAGUGAAGGAAGAAGGAUCUGAAGGUGAUAGCCAGUGUUUGGAGGAUGAGGAAAAGGAAGCAGAACAAGAUGGGGAGAAUGAAGGAGGGAUAGUAAAUUACAGUUUUGUACAUAAUCUUUCAGCAUCUUCUACACAAUGUGUGAUGAAUGAUACAUUUUCAAGGGGUAAAGAACUUUAUCAUCUCUGAGACAUUUAUCCAUUAUCUACAGUAGUACAAAAAAUAUGUAGAUAUAUAACCCUCGGUUCAUACCCUUAAUUAUACUUGAGCAUAUAUAAUUCCCCUUAUGUAAAUAUGUUUUUGUAUGUAUAUUCAGUUGAGUUUAAUUUUAUUUUGUAUAGAGUUCUUACCAAUGGACAUUAACACAAAGCAGUUUUACAGAAAUAUAUAAAUUCCAGAUAUAAAUUAAUAAUGCAUAGAUUUAUCCCUAUAUGUGGGCUAAUCAAGAAUUGUAUGUACAAUUGGA